AAAGUGAGUGGGUGUUUCUCUGAGAAGCAGAAUCAGAGAGAGAGAGAGAGAGAAAGAGAAAGACAGAGGUGUUUCCCUUAGCUAUGGAAACUCUAUAAGAGAGAUCCAGCUUGCCUCCUCUUGAGCAGUCAGCAACGGGGUCCCGUCCUUGACACCUCAGCCUCUACAGGACUGAGAAGAAGUAAAACCGUUUGCUGGGGCUGGCCUGACUCACCAGCUGCCAUGCAGCAGCCCUUCAAUUACCCAUAUCCCCAGAUCUACUGGGUGGACAGCAGUGCCAGCUCUCCCUGGGCCCCUCCAGGCACAGUUCUUCCCUGUCCAACCUCUGUGCCCAGAAGGCCUGGUCAAAGGAGGCCACCACCACCACCACCACCGCCACCACUACCACCACCGCCGCUGCCACCACUGCCUCCACUACCGCUGCCACCCCUGAAGAAGAGAGGGAACCACAGCACAGGCCUGUGUCUCCUUGUGAUGUUUUUCAUGGUUCUGGUUGCCUUGGUAGGAUUGGGCCUGGGGAUGUUUCAGCUCUUCCACCUACAGAAGGAGCUGGCAGAACUCCGAGAGUCUACCAGCCAGAUGCACACAGCAUCAUCUUUGGAGAAGCAAAUAGGCCACCCCAGUCCACCCCCUGAAAAAAAGGAGCUGAGGAAAGUGGCCCAUUUAACAGGCAAGCCCAACUCAAGGUCCAUGCCUCUGGAAUGGGAAGACACCUAUGGAAUUGUCCUGCUUUCUGGAGUGAAGUAUAAGAAGGGUGGCCUUGUGAUCAAUGAAACUGGGCUGUACUUUGUAUAUUCCAAAGUAUACUUCCGGGGUCAAUCUUGCAACAACCUGCCCCUGAGCCACAAGGUCUACAUGAGGAACUCUAAGUAUCCCCAGGAUCUGGUGAUGAUGGAGGGGAAGAUGAUGAGCUACUGCACUACUGGGCAGAUGUGGGCCCGCAGCAGCUACCUGGGGGCAGUGUUCAAUCUUACCAGUGCUGAUCAUUUAUAUGUCAACGUAUCUGAGCUCUCUCUGGUCAAUUUUGAGGAAUCUCAGACGUUUUUCGGCUUAUAUAAGCUCUAAGAGAAGCACUUUGGGAUUCUUUCCAUUAUGAUUCUUUGUUACAGGCACCGAGAAUGUGGUAUUCAGUGAGGGUCUUCUUACAUGCAUUUGAGGUCAAGUAAGAAGACAUGAACCAAGUGGACCUUGAGACCACAGGGUUCAAAAUGUCUGUAGCUCCUCAACUCACCUAAUGUUUAUGAGCCAGACAAAUGGAGGAAUAUGACAGAGCAUAAAACUCUGGGCUGCCAUGUGAAGAGGCAGAAGCAUGAAAAAGCAGCUACCAGGUGUUCUACACUCAUCUUAGUGCCUGAGAGUAUUUAGGCAGAUUGAAAAGGACACCUUUUAACUCACCUCUCAGGGUGGGCCUUGCUACCUCAAGGGGGACUGUCUUUCAGAUACAUGGUUGUGACCUGAGUGUUUACGGGAUGGAAAAGGAAGACUAGAGGCUUGCAUAAUAAGCUAAAGAGGCUGAAAGAGGCCAAUGCCCCACUGGCAGCAUCUUCACUUCUAAGUGCAUAUCCUGAGCCAUCGGUGAAACUAGCAGAUAAGCAAGAGAGAUGUUUUGGGGACUCAUUUCAUUCCUAACACAGCAUGUGUAUUUCCAGUGCAAUUGUAGGGGUGUGUGUGUGUGUGUGUGUGUGUGUGUGUGUGUAUGACUAAAGAGAGAAUGUAGAUAUUGUGAAGUACAUACUAGGAAAAUAUGGGUUGCAUUUGGUCAAGAUUUUGAAUGCUUCCUGACAGUCAACUCUAAUAGUGCUUAAAAAUCAUUGAUUGUCAGCUACUAAUGAUGUUUUCCUAUAAUAUAAUAAAUAUUUAUGUAGAUGUGCAUUUUUGUGAAAUGAAAACAUGUAAUAAAAAGUAUAUGUUAGGAUACAAAUAAUUUUUAGAAUUUACUAAUAUUUGAAUUUUUUGCUUAUUAUUUCUUUCCUCCCUGAUUUCUUCAUUCAUUAUGAUAUCAGACCACUUUUAAGAGUAAUUUACUGGAGUGAGAAGAACUAUGAAGCAAAUCUUUCUGCCUUUGCCAGGCCUUCCUUCUCUCUAUAUAUUCUCUUUCCUCUUCACCUCCCAGAGUUUCCAUUACCAAUAUUAUGACCAAUGUUAAGCUUAGCCAACUUUCCAUAGAUUUGAUGAGAAAUUAUAUUUUCCUGAAGGCAGAACCAUGGCACAGUGGAAAGGGCACAUAUUUUGGACUAAAAAACUUAGAUUUGAAUCUUUGUUCUUCCACGUACUGCCUAUGUAAGCACUGGUUAGGUCACUUGACCUUCCUUGAACAAAAAAAGAGCUGAAAGUAUCAGACACAUAGAACAUCAAAAAAUGGUGUCUGCCACUACUAAGCCACUCUAUUAGAGCCACUUCAUUCUCCAGAGGCCACUGAUCUGUGGGAUCCAUCUAAGCACCUGGUUUCUUGUAUUCUCAUGCUUGUCAUUCACAACGGCCUUUUCCUAUUUUCUUCAACCACUCACUAUCAUGGGCUCUCCCUAGACUUUGUUAUCAUUAAAAAUUAUAGUAACUCC